UCCCAGCGCCGCAGCGGCCGUUUCGCACGCGCGAGGGUGGCGGCGCCUCCCCUCGGGCCUCCUGCGCCUCCUCCUCUCCCUCUCGCCGCCAGACAGGGAGGCGGCGCGGCGCGGCCUGGCCCGGCCCGGCCCGCUCCCUAUGCUCGUGGCGACCUCGGCGCUGUGGGAGCGGGAGCCGGCAGCGCCGCCGCGAUGGCGGAGUGACCGGGAAGAUGAUGAUUGCACCUUCCCCUGGAGAAGAAGUGGGUAAGGCUGUUAGGAAUAGGAAACAAAGAAUAUAGCAACAAAGAUGGAUGAACAAGCCCUUCUAGGACUAAACCCAAAUGCUGAUGCAGACUUCAGACAAAGAGCACUAGCCUACUUUGAGCAACUGAAGGUAUCUCAGGAUGCUUGGCAAGUUUGUGCAGAAGCAUUAGCUCAGAGUAUGUACAGUGAUGAUCAUAUCAAAUUCUUUUGCUUUCAAGUUCUAGAACAUCAAAUUAAGUUCAAAUAUUCUGAACUUACUGAAGUUCAGCAGCAGCUGAUAAGGGAAACACUCAUAACAUGGCUGCAAGCGCAGAUGCUGAAUCCCCAGCCCGAGAAGACUUUUAUUCGCAACAAAGCAGCACAAGUCUUUGCACUGCUUUUUGUUACUGAAUAUCUCACAAAAUGGCCCAAGUUUUUUUUUGAUAUUCUAUCAGUAGUUGACCUUAAUCCACGAGGAGUGGAUAUGUACCUCAGAAUCCUGAUGGCUGUUGAUGCUGAACUGGUAGACCGUGACGUUGUUCAUACAUCAGAGGAGGCUCGUAGGAACACCUUAUUGAAAGAUACUAUGAGGGAACAGUGCAUUCCAAGUUUGGUGGAAUCGUGGUACCAAAUCUUACAAAAUUAUCAGUAUAGUAACUCAGAGUUGACAUGCCAGUGCCUUGAAGUUGUUGGAGCUUACGUAUCUUGGAUAGAUUUAAGCCUGAUAGCCAAUGAAAGGUUUAUAAAUAUGCUGCUAGGUCACAUGUCUGUGGAAGUUCUCCGGGAAGAAGCCUGUGAUUGUCUAUUUGAAAUUGUAAAUAAGGGAAUGGACCCAAUUGAUAAAACAAAACUAGUUGAAUCUUUGUGUCAAGUAUUACAGUCUGCUGGCCUCUUCAGUAUUGAUCAGGAAGAUGAUGUGGAUUUUCUGGCCAGAUUUUCUAAGCUUGUCAACGGGAUGGGGCAAGCAUUAAUAGCUAGUUGGACUAAACUGGUAAAAAAUGGUGAUAUAAAGAGUGCUCAAGACACUCUGCAAGCUAUUGAAGCAAAAGUGGCUCUAAUGUUGCAACUCCUAAUUCAUGAAGAUGAUGACAUCUCAUCUAAUAUCAUCGGCUUCUGCUAUGACUACCUUCACAUCUUGAAACAACUUUCUGCGCUUUCAGACCAACAAAAAGCUAAUGUAGAGGCAAUCAUGUUGGCUGUUAUGAAGAAGUUGACAUAUGAUGAAGAAUACAAUUUUGAAAAUGAGGGUGAAGAUGAAGCAAUGUUUGUGGAAUACAGAAAACAGUUGAAAUUAUUGCUGGACAGACUUGCUCAGGUCUCACCAGAAUUACUGUUGGCAUCUGUCCGCAGAGUUUUUAACACUACACUUCAGAAUUGGCAGACUACACGAUUUAUGGAAGUAGAAGUAGCAAUAAGAUUACUGUAUAUGUUGGCUGAGGCUCUUCCUGUAUCUCAUGGUGCUCACUUCUCUGGUGAUGUUACAAAAGCUACAGCUUUGCAAGAUAUGAUGAGAACACUGGUAACUUCUGGUGUUAGUGCCUAUCAACAUACAUCAGUCACCCUGGAAUUCUUUGAAACAGUGGUUAGAUAUGAAAAAUUCUUUGCUGUUGAACCUCAGCACAUUCCAACUGUUCUAAUGGCAUUUUUAGAUCACCGUGGUCUUCGCCAUACAAGUCCAAAAGUGCGAAGCCGAACAGCUUACCUCUUUUCCAGAUUUGUCAAGUCUCUUAAUAAGCAAAUGAAUCCCUUUAUUGAAGAUGUUCUGAACAGAAUACAAGACCUACUGGAACUUUCUCCUCCUGAAAAUGGUUACCAGGCCCUCUUAAGCAGUGAUGAUCAACUGUUCAUUUAUGAAACAGCUGGAGUAUUAAUAGUUAAUAGUGAAUAUUCUGCAGAAAGAAAACAGGUUCUAAUGAGAAAUUUGUUGACUCCACUGAUGGAGAAGUUCAAAGUAUUAUUGGAAAAACUGAUGAUGGCGCAAGAUGAGGACAGACAGAUGGCACUGGCAGACUGCCUGAAUCAUGCUGUUGGGUUUGCUAGCCGAACCAGCAAGGCUUUCAGCAAUAAGCAGACUGUAAAACAGUGUGGCUGCUCUGAAGUGUAUUUGGACUGCUUGCAGACAUUUUUGCCAGCUCUCAGUUGUCCACUACAGAAGGAGGUUCUGAGAAGCGGUGUCCGCACUUUCCUUCACCGCAUGAUUAUUUGCCUAGAGGAAGAAGUUCUUCCAUUCAUUCCUUCUGCCUCUGAACACAUGCUCAAAGACUGUGAAGCAAAAGAUCUUCAAGAAUUCAUUCCUCUUAUAAACCAGAUAACAGCUAAGUUUAAGACACAGGUUUCACCUUUUCUGCAACAGAUGUUUAUGCCACUCCUUCAUGCUAUUUUUGAAGUGCUGCUCCUUCCAGCAGAAGAAAAUGACCAGUCUGCUGCUUUAGAAAAACAAAUGUUACGGAGGAGUUACUUUGCUUUUCUGCAGACUGUAACUGGCAGUGGAAUGAGUGAAGUCAUAGCUAAUCAAGGUGCACAGAAUGUGGAGCGUGUAUUGUUCACUGUCAUUCAAGGAGCAGUGGAUUACCCAGAUCCUAUUGCACAGAAGACUUGUUUUAUUAUUCUUUCUAAGCUGGUGGAGCUUUGGGGAGGCAAAGAUGGACCAGUAGGCUUUGCAGACUUUGUCUACAAGCAUAUUGUCCCUGCAUGUUUCUUAGCACCUUUAAAGCAAACGUUUGACUUAGCAGAUGCCCAGACAGUAUUGGCUUUAUCAGAAUGUGCAGUGACAUUAAAAACAAUUCAUCUCAAAAGGGGUCCUGAAUGCAUUCAGUAUCUUCAGCAAGAAUAUCUGCCUUCUUUGCAAGUAGCUCCUGAAAUAAUUCAGGAAUUCUGUCAAGCACUUCAGCAGCCUGAUGCUAAAGUUUUUAAAAAUUACUUAAAGGUAUUCUUCCAGCGAGCAAAGCCCUAAAGGAAGUACUGGAAUCUCAUGUAUCGCUUUCCAUAAUCAGGAACUCUGGUUGUUAAUUUAUAAAAAUGCUAACUCUUGUGCCAUUCA